AUGCCCGCUUCUCUCGAAAACUUGCCCGCGAUAACAACCACCCUGACCGUACCCCACCACGACGGUCAGGAUCUCCAGCGACCAGUCAGCGCAAGCAUGGCGAAUGCCAGAGAAUCGCCAACACCACGCGCCGAACCCCCCGACGGGCGGGAAUCUCUCGAAUUACGGGAACUGCAGACCCGAGAAGACGAAGAGCAACUGGGGUACUCCUCCCCAUCCGCCUCAUCCGGCGAGGAAUACCGAGUCACCACCCGAAGACGAUCCUCAACGUCAACGACCGUGCGACGUGCACAAUCCCCACGGAAAGGCAAAGAUCCUAUCAGCAGGCUUGCUCGCUUCUGGACACGGCAUGUCACUCUGACAGUUCCUCAACGAAGUAAUCGGGACCAUUUCGCCCUAGAGAGGACCCUCCUCGCAUACAUCCGCACUUCCGGAGUAAUCUCCAUGCAAGGCGUACUAAUAUCCCAACUGUUCCGUCUCCAAGAACCAGGUGACCGACUCAAAUUCUACGUCGCGGGCAAACCUUUAGCAGUGACCUGUCACUGCGUGGCUAUCCUGGUUGCGCUCAUUGGGGCUUUUCGGUUUUGGAGGCAACAGGGGGCGAUCUCGGUGGGGAGGGUUCAUGCUGGCGGGUGGGAGUUGAAUGCCGUGGGGGUUUUAUUUGGUGCGAUAUUUUUGGUGACGUUGAUCUUGUCAGUUGCGAUUAUCGUUGAGACUGAUUCGAGUCAAUCUGGAUUGGUGCAGGCGAUGGGGAGGAUAUACUCUUCAUUGUUGGAUAAAGAGGUGGAUUUGACGAUGGUCACUGGUUUAGGCCCUUGUCUGUGA